UCAGCUACGUGCUUUUGGCCGAAUUCACAGCGUAGACGGUCAGUUUGUGGCUAUCUGCUGGGGGUCAGUGUCUCCGACGGGCUGUCGAUUACUCAACUGGAUGGGGUAAGAGCACUCUUUAACAGGUCAGGCAAAGUUUUGGGGACGCUCUGUUUCAUCAAAAGUCAAUAGGGUUUAUCAGACAGCCUCUAUGCUGCCGCCGAGCGCACCGACUGCAUUUGCCUAGCUUGGGGCCUCGAAAAACACGCCUCACUUCCUCAUGCGAGCAGAGAUCAAGAAGCUGCACUCUUUAAAAGAGCAGAUGUUAUACACUGCGGCCGUUGCUCUCAUUUCCUGGGCGGAGAGCUCUCUCACCCUGCUGGUGGAGUAACAGGAACCAGCGGGAGGAAAAAACGAGAAAAAGUUCACGACACAUGUAGCUCACACAAAUCAUUUUGUCACCGGCAGUCUUUGACAGACUGAGAGACUGAGAGAAGGUGGCUCCACAACAAAGAGCGCUGGACACUGGACGGGAAAAGAGGCAAGAGAAGGUGUUGUGCCCCAAAAAGAGAGUGUGAACGGCCUGUGGAGGGGUGUACAGUGUACAUGAGCACCAAGGCUGUGGUACUUAGUAGCUUGAAGGUGGAGAAGGAGCAAGACGAGCAGAUUGACAGAGAGGAAGGAAGAACAACUAAAGCCGGAUCGCAGACUCGCGGUGGGAACCCCAGUGGAGUUCAGCAAGUUCUGCCACUUGAAACUCUUUUUGCUGCAGUUUCAAACAGUGAACAUCGAGCUUUAAAAAAGGACCGUGGGGACUGUUCCUCUGUCGCAGCCUCUCAGAUUUUCCCUGCCUUGAGGCAAUAAAGGACAUAGAGAAGGAUCUAAAUUUAAGUACAAGUGGAGGAGCACCCAGGACAGUUAACAUAAUAUCUAUGGUGAAAUUCAUUGAAGACAGCAGCCAGUAGCAGGGGCAGUGCUGAAAGUAAAUGUAAAGUAAAUAUCAGGUAAAGAAGAAAUUCGUGAAGUGUGAAAAACUGAAAGAAGCUUCUCACACGUGGGUCAGCUGUCGAAGUCGGUUAUGGGCCCAGAGCGGUAGUUCUCACAGCUGUUUUGUGUCAGAAGUAAACGCGUGGAGGAGUCGUGUGGUUCGGACAGGCUCUGUCUCUUCCCUUGUGUGUUAACUAUCAGGCUGUGUUUGCCAGAAGGAAGGUUGUGUUGAAAUUACAGUGUUUGAGGGGAACUGGGAAGUUCUUAUUUUGUGCGUGUGUGUGAUUGUGCGUGUUAGUUCAGUGUAGUUCCUGAACCGAAGGAGGUGUGAGACACUCCUCCGUAGUGACUCAGACACCGAGAGGGCGUGAGACCCUCCGUGGGCCUAGAGGGGGUGCGGACCACCGUCUGCUGAGCCGCCUACCCACGUCUGCCCCUGUGCUGCCGCUCAUAAUGCUCUCCUGCUAAGCAGUGUGGUCUUCCAGCAUCACGGGGUGGGGUUCAUUACUGCAGAAGGAGUAGCAGACACAGGAGUGCUGGAGGCAGCAGUGAAAAAAAGAGAGGCUUGGAGACGUGGUCAAACGUGUCCUAAACAGAUUGUACUCAUCCAAAUCCCUUUAUUCAACUGGGUAUUGAAACGCCCAAAGGAAACCUCAGGAGAGAGGAGUAAAACGCUGAAGGAGAACCAUGAGGGCCGAGUGCUUAGUGCUGGUGGCACUGUGGCUCAUGGGUAACAUGACUGGUGGGGAUGGCCUGUCCACAUGCAAGACACUGGACCUGGAGCUAGUGAAGAGGAAACGUAUUGAGGCCAUCCGGGGCCAGAUACUCAGCAAGCUGCGGCUGCCCAAGGAGCCUGAGCCCGAAGAGGCCGGCGAGGGAGAGGUCAUUCCCGCAACUCUCGUGUCCGUCUACAACAGCACGGUGGAGAUGACUAAGGAGCGGGCAAUGCAGCGCCAGGAUUUGCCUCAAACCCAAGAGGAGGAAGCAGAGGAGUACUUUGCCAAGGAGGUGCACAAGUUCAACAUGAGGAAAGAUCAGAAUGGCAGCAACAAACACCACAUGUUGUUCAAUGUAUCGGAGAUACGGAACAGCGUUGGGGCUGAUUACAGGCUGACCCACGCCGAGCUGCGACUGCACAUCAGUUCCACCAAGGACAAACUGGUUGAGCAGAGGCUAGAGCUGUACAAGGGUGAGGGUGACAAGGCCCGCUACCUGGGCUCCAGCUUUGUCACCAAUGGCACCAAGGGCCACUGGCUGUCCUUCAACGUGACACAGACUGUGAAGGACUGGCUGAAUGGGAAUGAAGAUGACCAGGCUUUUCAGCUAAAGUUGUACUGCAGCUGUGGAGGGCCUGAAGAGGAAUACCUGUUUACAAUCUCAGGAAUAGACCCCCAUAGGGGAGACAUGGGGUCACUGGCCGGGUUGAUGCUGACGCCCCACCUUCUGGUGAUGUCGAUUCCAAAUGACCGUGCUAACAAACUUACAUCUCGCAAAAAACGGUCCACGAGCACGGAUGAGUUCUGUACAGAGAACAGUGAAAAUUGCUGUGUGAGGAAGCUGUAUAUUGACUUCCGAAAGGAUCUGGGCUGGAAGUGGAUCCAUAAGCCAAAAGGCUAUCAUGCUAACUACUGCAUGGGUUCAUGCACCUACAUUUGGAAUGCUGAAAACAAAUACUCCCAGAUCUUGGCUCUCUAUAAGCACCACAACCCAAGUGCAUCAGCCCAACCCUGCUGUGUGCCUCACGUUAUGGACCCCCUGCCCAUCCUCUACUAUGUUGGAAGGCAACACAAGGUGGAGCAGCUGUCGAAUAUGAUAGUAAAAAACUGCAGGUGUGGAUAAAAAUUUUGUGUGCUCAUCCUCAAGCUCUCUCAGCAUCUGUUUCUCCCCACGCUGCUGGUGAAACUGUGCAAGGACACUUAUCGUGGGGGGAUUGCCAUACUGUUCCAGGAAUCCUGAAGCAAGAAGCACAACUAAAGCAUUGAGAGAAAAAAAAACAGAUGAAUGAAAAGCGGAUUUGAAGAUGCUGACUGAAACAAGGGUUGAUAGUAAUUAUGUUCCCAACAUGUAUUUCAAGAACAUUCAUGUAAUUUGAAGUCAAGAGAAACCAUCAGAUAGCAUGGGAAAUAUUACUUUUAAAGUUUCAUAUACAGGUGGUUCCUGAUUUACGAUGGUUCGACUUAUGAUUUUUUCAACUUCACAAUGGUAAACUGGCAAUAGACAUUUAGUAGAGACCAUACUUUGAAUUUUGAAUUUUGAUUUUUUCCCCAGGCAACCGAUAUGCAAAGCGAUAAUCUCUCGCGAUGCUGGGUAGCGGCAGCGAUCCACAUCUCCCAGUCUGUCAUGCAGAAGUGUGUAUUAGGUGUAUUAAAUGCAUUUUCGACUUACGAUGUUUUCGGCUUCUGAUGGGUUUAGCAGAACGUAACCCUAUCGUAAAUCGGGGACCACCUGUAUGUCUUAGAUAUAAAGAUAUAGUUUUUAUAUGCUUAAAUUGUAUGCAUAAUCAAAUUAAUUUAUUUUCUUAAACAAUAAAAUAGAGUUGUAUAUUUCUUUUGUAGUUGCAUGAGGGUGGACAGAGCAAUGGGAACAUAGGAUGAUAAAAAACAUGAAGAUAUGAUGGUAUUUAUUGUAUGAAAUCACUUUUAUGAUUGCUUUUUUUUUUGCUCAAUAUGAGGGGCCACUGUUUAAAAACACAAUUAAAUACACUGGGCUGGACUAGUUACUACAAAACUGGGCUAACACUGGGCAGGGUCUUCAAGGCCAGUUGGGUUCCAGGGAUGUAAUGCUGAAUUACAGCCAUGUCCUUAAGAUGAGAUAAGGUAAGAUUGGAGGGAGUGGUGCAAGAUGGCAAGUUUCCAGCCCAGGUCCAGAAGAGUGUCAGAGUGUGGUUACAGGCCACAAUAUGAAGCAUAAGAGAUACAAACAGCUGCUCUCAACAGUUGUGUCUGAGGUUUUAUUCUGACUCUAGGAAUGUAUAACAAACCUCAAAUCUCAAAGACUUGGAGUGCUUGGAUGAGAGUAUUGACCCCAGUCAAUGGAAAGCUGAACCCUCUGUUGAAAAUCCAGACAUUAUUCAAAGGAACAUUGGCAGAAAUGCUUGACCUGAUAAACCCGAAGGACCCUUGUCUUUAGAGGAGCUACAGAACUUCAGAACUUAAAUGUCCAUAGCCCUCAUGACUCUCCUGUAUCCAUGUACAGUAAGAACCUGAGUGGCUGCAACGGAUUUUCCCUGUCUGGUCUGGCCACUUCAGAACUGUUUAAAAAUGCUCCAAGCACACUGAUUACCUAAAGACAGUUGCUUUAACUGGGGAAAAACUGUCCCUCUACCUAAAACACAAACACUGUUGUAUAUGCCAUAGCAGUCUUGGAUUA